CGGGACUUUUUACUAUGGCGGCUGAGAGUACUCCGAGUCUGCCUAUCCCAGGGCUCGAUGGAGGCGUUUCAGCAGACCAGAAUGCGCGUACGGACUCUCACACACUGUCUAACGGCAUCACCUCCGGGUCUCAAGACUCAGAAGGCUACGUGUCGGGGUCUCAAACAGUUGACGGCCAGUCGUCUACAGCUGUGGGAGAGGGCUCGUCCGAAUUACAACAGGCGGUAUCUUUGCCUGAACCGGAAGUGAGGUCUGGUGGUGAAACUCAGGGCGGAGCACAACAACAAACGACCGCGAGCGAAGCCGACGCGGGCCAGAUGUCAGCGCCGACGGCCGCUCAGUCGUCGACCGAGCAGUCGAAAGACUCGACUGCGUCGACGCAGCAACAGCAGCGGCCCGCCGCGCAGGAUCAAUCCGCUGCGACGGCGAAUUCCUCGGCCGCCUCUGCAUCAUCCGCCGACCCGUCCUCGUCGGGUAGCAACCCGCAGGGACUGCCGGGCGGCCAGAAACGCCUGCACGUGUCGAACCUGCCGUUCAGAUUUCGAGAUGCCGACCUGACGAGGCUAUUUGAGCCGCACGGUAGGGUCGUCGAGGCGGAAAUUAUUUUCAACGAGAGGGGCUCGAAGGGAUUUGGGUUUGUGACGUUUGAUAGCCCGGAUGAGGCGGAUAAUGCCAAAGAGAAAGUCAAUGGAUCGGUUAUUGAUGGUAGAAAAAUAGAGGUCAAUGAUGCUACACCAAGGACGGGGCCGAGAAGACCGAGACAACCACCUUACGGAAGUGAAGGAGGUACGUACAGAUAUGGUAGAGGAAUGUAUGGCUUGGGCGGCCUCGCCCCGUACGGUCGCCCGGUUGGUGUCAUGCAACCGAGUCUCUAUGACACAAUGCAGGGAGCAAGACAGUAUGGUGGAUAUCCGCAGCCUGAAAUCGCUCCUGCAUAUCAGGCCAGCUACAGUGCAGUGUCCGCAUACCCUGGCUAUCCAACGGAUGCUUAUCAAUCGGCAUACGGACAGACUCAAAGUUUCGCCGGGCAAUACUCACAGAGCUACGUAGCUAGUCAGCAGACUUCUCAACCGAACCCAACUGCUCAAUCUGCUCAACAGCAGCCGCAGCCGCAGCAGCCGUCGGCGAACCAGCAGCAGUCGCAGCAGCAGGAUAGCUACGCCGGAUUGGUUAGCGGAUACGGUCCUGUGGCCGGAUAUCAACAGCAAAGUUACAGAUACGCUCCAUACUGAUUGCUUCGUACGUUGGUGAAUGGACUCAUCGAGUAGAUCACGUCUGAUGUCUGAUUUUAGGACUGAGAACUGUUAGGUUGUCUAUAAGGUUACUGGACUAUUAUUAUUGCCGGGCAAGUGGGGAGUCGAAUAGUAAUAACUGGUAGGAAUUGACCUAUACAUUGCAUGCUGUGUUGUGUGGCGUUGACACGUCAUGAUCACAAUGGAGCUUCCUCCCGAGAA